AUGACAGAAGUGCAGCGAAAGGGCUAUGGAAACUUGACUGUCACUGUGGUGGAAGUUCCCAAGUCUUGGCUGAGGUGGUGGUAUAAAUUUCUCCAGCCCAGAAUGCUGUACUGGAAGCCACCUACCCUCAGCAGGGAAAGUGUCAUCACCAGCAGCAAAAAGGGCAAGGGUCCCAGCACCCGGGGGGGACCACUUCCCAUUUUCAUGGCCAUCCCUGUGGACCCACUGGAUGCCAGGUCACUUCAGUCACCUCCGGUUGCCACUUUUGCUGCCUCUUCUUGUGCCCAUGGGUAUUGGCCCCUCAGCCCUUUCACCAAGGUGCAAUGCAAGCCUCCACCUGAUUUCACAGCCUUCGAAGUUUCUACUGAGAAAUCAGUUGAUAGCCUUAUGGAGUUUUCUUCGUAUGUGAGCUAUAUCUCUCUAGCAGAUGACACUAUUGAUGACAUCAGGCAGAGGCUGGCCGGGAAGUCUGAUCUCUUCCUUGGUCCAAGCCCUCCAGACCAGCAAAACCCUGAAGAUGACAGCCGUUGGAGUGUCUACCUUGCUAAGCUGUCUCAGGCCCUGCUAGUCAACAUGGCUGCUGGGAAGGGGGAUCUGCAGAGCCCUUCAGCUGAAAACAGAUGUCAGCUUAGUGAACCUGAGCAGGGCCAGGGCUGCAAGCCAGUGCUGCUGGAGAAAAUGAACCACCUGGACUCUGAGGCUUCUAUGGAUGGUGGUAGUCAGGAUGAGUCCUUUGCUGAGCCAGUAAUGUCAGAAACCUCAGGCAAGCUCAGAUUGGGAAAGCCACUGGCUCAGAAAGUGUGCUGGGAACAGGCUCAGAGUGCCUUUACUGAGGUGACUCGGCUCAAGAAAAGGCUGGAGGACAGGCAGGCCAAGGAUAGGGAGAAUGGUGACCUCACAGGCCAGCAUAGUCCCCAACAGCUGACCCAGGACAUCCCCAGGGAACUAUCUAGCAGCACAGUCUUUUCUGUGUGGUCCAGCAGAACCCGAAUGGAGCAGAGAAGCGCCUUCAGUAAACCAGCCCGGUAUCCAUUAGGGAGACCUGGGUCUACCUCUUUCUUCCAGGAAGGCAGACCUGCAGAUGCCCUCGGGGAACUGUUGGGACUCAUUAAAACGAUAGAUGGCCCUUGUUGGGAUCAACUUUCAAAUUCCAAGCUUUUGGUGGGUAAUUUCUGGAACUUGCAAACGUUGCCACAGAAUGCUCCUCUCUGUGGUGCUUUCUUGGGUGCCCCCACACUGUGGCUAAAGCAUGCCAUGGCCCAGAUACCUACACCCUCCUCAUCCUCGUCUAUUGCCUCUUGGGCCCUCUUGCCACCCACAUUCACCUCCCUGGGCUUGUCCACCCAGAACCGGUGUGCAAAGUGCAACCUCUCCUUUCGCAUGACCUCUGACUUGGUUUUCCAUAUGCGGUCCCACCACAAAAAGGAAUAUGCUGGGCCUGACCUACAUUCUAAGAAUCUGAGAGAAGAGGCCCUCUCAUGCCCCAUUUGCCAUGAGUACUUCCGGGAGCGCCACCAUCUCUCCCGACACAUGAGUUCUCACAGUUAA